GAUGCUGUGCGGCAGCGAGUGGUCAACAGGAUGCAAUAUGAGUGUAACCAGGUUGCCAGGCUGUGGUGCAGCGAUUGCGAUGGAUGCGGGCGCUGUCGUACAGAUGCACUUGCGAGCUGUACGCGAGUAUUUGUGAUUUUGCAGCGUUUUUUGCGGAGCCAAAUUGCGCGCUAGUGUCUUUACAGACGCUAGUAAUCGCGGGGGUCGCAAACGCAGGCCGUCCUGAGUGUCCCAAUAGGCUCCUGUGCCUGGUUUUAAUCAAGUGCGUGCACAGUUCCAUCUCUCGCAGCGCCAACUUUUCCCCUCGCGCCCUAGCUCUGCUGGCGAGCAACACACUCGGGUCUGCGACUCGCGUCUGCGACUAUCCCACGAGAUCUCCCAAAGCAAUGCCGCGAGUGAAACGAAAAGCCGGUUCCGGCACUGCCACGCGGCGCCCGCGCCGCUUCGGCACGGAGUCGACCGGCAUCGCGUCGGCCGCGCGGCCGAUGCAGGAGGAACCCCAGGGCGGGCGGGGGCUACGAUGCUGCGACGAUCCUGACUGCGACGAUCCGUCGAUGGGCGGGGGCUACUUCGCGGUCUACCAGCCCAAGGACGGCGUCGAGGUGUUUACCGGUAUCGUCGCGGUGUCCGCCGCGAUCAUGCAGACGCCCUGGCAGCAACCGCCCCUCAACAUGCCCGUAUCCUACUUCAUGCUUCGCGACCCGAAUGAUGAUCCCAUAAGCGGCGAGAAGGAGCUGAUGGACCCGGGCUGGUUCAUGCGUGAGAUGUCGCAGUACGACGGCCCCGGCCCGCGGCUACCGGGCUAGGAAUUGGGUUUAGGCAUCUUAAGGAAAAUAUAGAUUGUG